AUGUGGAUGGGAAAUUAUUAUUUUCACUAUUUUCUCGGAUUUAACAUUCCAUCAAUUCAAUUUAUCAAUGUUAUUGUGAUGGAAUUAUUUAAUUUAAAUAUUUAUACUCAAUUACUUAUCAGUUUGACAUUAUCCUUCCGCAUUGGAUACGUUUAUUCCUUACCAUCAACAGAUUUGUUGAAACAUACUCCUCACCAAUCUUUGGAUCGUUUAGCUACAUUCUCGUUGAAAUUUUUAGAAUUUCAUAAUCAUGCUCAUCGUCGUAUUGAUGGAAGCUGUUGUGGUCGACAUAAACAGACAUCACCUAAAUCAUCAACAUCCUCAUCCUCCUCGUUCUCGUCCAGCUUAUCGUCCACAUCUGUGAUGGAUAUAUGUAAAGCGGAAUGUGCACUAGAAUUUCGUAUUUGUAUUGAACCGUACACAGUAAGCGUGCCAAUGAAUAGUAUAGAAAUCUAUUCUGGUCCAUGUUUAUAUGGGGAGACACGUACUGGUCAUUGGGGGAAUACAGAUAUCACUUAUGAAUUACUAGAAGCAAGUAUACACACAAUUGGAAUUACACGUUCAUGGCCGAGCCUGUUCACUGUGAUUUUAGAAGCCUACGAUUUAGUUAGUCAAAGUGAAAAAUAUUUAAUCGAUCGAGCUGUUCAUCGUGGUUUACUGCGUCCACAAAUUUAUACCAAACAAUCGAAUCUCACUUCUGAAUGGCAUCAAGUGACUAUUUCAACUCAAUAUUCUGGUUAUACAUUUUGUAUGCGAUUAACCUGUGAACCAAAUCAUUAUGGGAAUGGUUGUACAAAAGUCUGCCUGAUAAAUGAAAGUCAAACAAGGUAUAAAUGUGAUCCAAAUGGAGAUAAAAUAUGUGAACCAGGUUGGAGUGGUGUUGAAUGUGAUAAAGCAAUAUGUAACGUUGGAUGUCACCCUGUACAUGGAUCUUGUUCAAGACCAGGUGAAUGCGAAUGUGCAACUGGUUGGCAAGGACCACUUUGCGAUGAAUGUAUUAAAUAUCCUGGAUGUAAACAUGGAACAUGUAAUGAUGCUCCAUUCACUUGCCGCUGUUUACCUAACUGGGGUGGACCAUUCUGUGAUCAAGAUCUUGACUACUGUGGACGACAUCAACCAUGUUUAAAUAAUGGUAUAUGUAAGAAUUUGAAUUCAUCCCACUCGAAACCAUUCAACUGUAGUUGUACACAGGAUUUCACUGGCGACUACUGUGAAAUAAAAUUGGCACCAUGUACAGUUAAUCCAUGUAAACGUGGUCAGUGUGUAUCAAGAGAUAAUGUAACUUAUGAAUGCAAUUGUGAACCAGGAUGGAGAGGAGAUCACUGUGAGGAAAAUAUUGAUUAUUGUUUAAUCAAUACAUGCUUAAAUGGUGGAACAUGUCAAGAUUUAGACGGACCUGGAUUUCAAUGUUUAUGUCCACCUGGUUUUAAAGGAUCCAAUUGUCAGUUACCUUCACCGUGUAGUAAUUCCCAAUGUGUUCAUGCUAGAGACUGUAAACAAUUAAUACAACCAGUUAAUGGAAUUGACUACGAGUGUAAUUGUCAACCUGGUUGGACAGGACAAUUCUGUGAUGAAAAUAUCGAUGAUUGUGUCGGAAAGUGUCAAAAUGGUGGAACAUGUCACGAUUUGUUGGAUGAUUUCUAUUGUACAUGUCCAGUUGGAUUUGAAGGUCGAUAUUGUGAAAUAAAUCGUGAAUGCUCAAGUAAACCGUGUAAAAAUAAAGGAAUAUGCCAUGAAAUUCCCGGUGGAUAUCGAUGUGAAUGUCCAAAUGAAUUUAUAGGACAAAAUUGUGAGAUUUCACUAAAUGGUUGUAAUCCAAAUCUUUGUCAAAAUGGUGCAUAUUGUUACACCUUACCAAAUGGUUUCUACUGUAAAUGUCCAGAAAAAUUCUACGGUAAAUUUUGUGAACAUCAACGACCAUAUUGUGGACCAGAUGGAUGUGAUGCAUUAACAGAUCCUUGUUUAAAUAUGCUACUUAUGACUACUUCAAUUUCAUCCAUAACAUCAUCAGAAUUAGCGCCAGAGUCAGCUGUCACUAUGGUAACUACAACAAAUAGUAUAUCUUAUUUGAAUAAUUCAAACAAAGAUGAUAUACUAGUCAAUACAGAGAUUACUUAUCCAUAUGGUAUAUGUGGUCCACAUGGUACUUGUGUAACAAUUGAAAAUGGUGAUUACAGUUGUGUAUGCAGUACAGGAUUUCAAGGAAAAUACUGUCAUCAACCAAUUAAUUAUUGUGAAAUUAAUCCAUGUAUGCAUGGAGCAACAUGUGUGAAUGGUUUAGAAAGUUAUGAAUGUAUAUGUGAAGAAGGCUUCAGUGGGACACAGUGUGAAAAGCCAAUUGACUUAUGUCAACCAAAUCCAUGUCAAAAUGGUGGAUAUUGUCAGCAUACCUUACACCCAGGUGAUUUCCAGUGUCGUUGUGCCCCAGGUUGGUCUGGUCGUUGGUGUGAAUUCCACUCAGAUAAUCCAUGUUCAGUGUCUAAAAUAUGCUUUAACAAUGGGAAAUGUCACCAAGAUCAUUUAAGUCCUGGAUUAUUUCGAUGUGAAUGUGAUCAUCAAUGGAUGGGAUCUGUUUGUCAAUUACGACGACCAGAAUCAAGAGCAUGCGUCCAAGAAAAUUUAUGCAAGAAUGGUGCUACAUGUGUUGAUUUAGGCAAUAGCUUUAAUUGUAUAUGUCGACCAGGCUUUGAUGGACAGUACUGUGAAAAUGAUAUAAAUGAGUGUAAUUCAAUGCCAUGUUAUAAUAAUGGAACGUGUAAAGAUCUCAUUAAUUCAUUCGAAUGUGAUUGCCCUAAGGGUUUUAUUGGGACAGAUUGCCGAAUCAAUGUCAACGAGUGUGCUUCACAUCCAUGUGCCUAUGGUGCUACUUGUAUUGAUCGUGUUGGCGCUUAUGAAUGUAUAUGCCCAGAAAGACGAUAUGGACAACACUGCGAAGAGGUAAUUAUUGAAACAGAACCAAAACCACCAGCUUGCAAUUUUUAUGGUCGAAUAUACGAUCACAAUGAUAACUGGACGUAUAGUUGUCAACGUUGUCAUUGUAAUACUGGACAAAUUAUUUGUACAGAUGAUUUUUGUGGAUAUUGGUCAUGUUUACAAGCUUCUGGACAAAAUGAUCGUUUCGCUUGUAAAGAUGGUGAAAUAUGUCAUAUCCUGUCAUCAGGUUUAGAAAGUGAUUGUUUUAUACCACCGUGUUAUUUACGUACAGUCUGCUUGAAUGCUAGCAAGUCAAUACCGGAACAAUUGCACACAUUACUACCAAAUUUUUAUUUUCCACCUGCAUUACCUGGUUGUCGACCAAAUGGUUUAAUUUUAAAUAAUCGUUGUGCUAGAAUAUUGUUACGCUUUUCUAAACUACGUAUGUCAUAUGCUACAACAGUUGGUGAUGUUUGUAAUGCUGUGAAAAGUUUACCCUCAUUGAGAAAAUAUCAUCAACACGGGGGGAAUCAGCAAAUGGGGAUUGGUAUCAGUUGUGAUAUAAAAGCAGGUUACUCAAGUGAAUAUCAGAGUACAAUAGAGAUAACACUGAGUUCAUCAAAUGAUAAACUUAAAAUUAGUUCAGAUGGUAAAGAAUAUUCCUUUAUACAUGAAUUAGCUAGAAAUUUAUCCAAAGAAGCUGCUUUAGCUGCUUCAACUAAUAUCACAACAUUACAUAAAACCAAAAUGAUCAAGCCAAAACAGCAUUAUCAAAGUGUCGACCAUAUACCAUUUUCGGAUCAUGAACAUGAUACAAACAGUGAUGACAGUGACGACGAAGAUAUACCCUUACCACCAAUGACUAUGAUGUUGGGAAGUGAUCAACUUGAUAAGUAUUGGCAUAGAAUUCUACUUGGUAUAAUUGAAAUUCAAGUUGAUACAAUGGUUGUGAAUGAAAGUGAUUUUGGUUCACGUUUAUUAGUCCCGUUUGUAUGCACAGCAAUCCUACUCAUCACACUGAUAUGCACUUUUCUGAUAUGCUGUUAUUCUCAACGGAAACGACGUGAACUUCUUAUGAAAUAUGCCCCGAAAGCAACACCAAACAAUCAAACAUCUAAUUUCAUUCAGUAUUUUUCAGAGAAUAACACUAAUAAUAAUAAUAAUCAGAAUAAUAAUAACAAUACGAAUUAUAAUUCAAACAAAUUAACCAAUCAAAUUAACGCCUCACUAAUCCCUGGCAUUGGUAACACCAAUCAGAGAUGCGCUGUAAAUUAUCCUCAGUUAAUCAGCUGUGAUACACGAAGAUUUAUAUCACCUCAAUUUAUAAAUGUUAACAGAAACAUAUUACUCCAAAGUACUGAUAAUAAUAGUAAUAAUAAUAAUAACGGUAGCAAUAGUAAUAAAAGUAUGACUCUUGGGACAAAUAUAACAAACAGAUUAGGCAUGAAUAAAACAAGUGUACCAGUUGUGAUUUAA